GUAAUAAAAAUAAAGUAACUACAUCUUUAUAAAGCCUGAAGGCAAGAACGCACUUUUAUCUAUCCAACUUUGUUCUACGCAUUUCUGGACCUGACUAAUCGCUAAUAGAAAACCACACUACGCUGUGUUGGGAGGGGGAAGCAGCAUGUGAUAGGUAGAUCUCCUGGUUCGUACAGAGUUCAUCAGCAAUACGCCUCAGCUGGACGUCUAAUGACGUAGGUGGUAGUCUGAAAAGCGGUAAUAGGACCAAGUCAUCAAUAGUGACAGGGAAAUCUGUUCUUAAUUAGCAAACAGUUGAUUCGUGAUCACAAGUUCAAGCAAUGGAGAGCUCCGUUUGUGUUCCUAACACUUGCCACAUAUCCUUGAAUGAAAUACUUGAUUUGCACGAACACCCGGUAACUGAGGAGCAAGCGUGGGCUCUGUGUUAUCAAUUGUGUACGCUUUUAGUAAGGGACGACUCAAGUGGAAGCGUAGUCCACAACGAGGCACCACACACCCCUCGUUUACCUGGACCAGAGGCCAUUCUGUUCUCCAACGAUGGAAGUGUUUGUCUCAAAGACGCCUUUGUUUUCGGCAGAGAGGACCAGGUAAUUGAACAACUUGGUCGCCUUAUUUACGACUGUCUUGACUGGGGUCUCGAAAAUCACGUUGAACGAGACCUACACGAUGCCCUUGCUCACCUUGUCUGCCGGAUGGCAAAGGUCAACCCGCUCACAGAUGAGUCCAUCCAGGCUGUAUACACCCUUGUUGAAGUCAUCCAGGUGUGUGAAGAUCGCCUGGGUGACUCUACUCAGGCAGCACAUCACUACAAAACUGUCUGCUCAUUACUUUUCUCUGAGUCUAUUGAGCUGUACCACUGCAUCCAAAUUCAUAAGUCCUCAAGCAAGAGUCUUCAAACAUUGUUGGAACCUGACACAUCACUGGUAAGUCACAGUGGUUUAAAUCAGCCCGGUGCAUGGAAUGAUGUGGUACAAGAGCUGCGAAUGGGAAAAACACUCAGUUCGUUUCAGAGGACAUUUCCAUCGAGUGCUUACCACCCUCCAGAAAAGCAGUUCCCAUUUGACCAGCUGAAGCAAGAUAUUGAAUGCAAACAGUACACUCUACGCAAGGUUCAGCUUGACAAGACAGGAGAAAACUGUUUUAAAAAGAUGGAUCCAUUUGACACUAUUAUAGAAGCCAUCCGAUCAAGCCCAAAACUCAGACCUGUUUCGGAGCGGAAGCUGAGGGAGAAGCCUGAGGAGGAGCCUUGUCUUCACGAGCGGCUGAUGAACGUGAUUCGCACGACUGACCCGCAGGAACUUUUUGCAUCGUGCAAGAGAAGGCGCCCCGUUCCAGGUAUAUGUGUUCACCUAGCACUCACUCGAUUGUUCAGCAUUUGUGUGUGUGCCACUGUUCAGUGUGCUGACGACUCCCUCCGUGUCCUUUCAGAUAGGGUCGAGUCACCAGCCCACCAGAUUCCCUCACGGUGCAUCGCACCAUCGGUGUUUCAUUAUCAGGAUGGUCGAGGGCUUGCUGCGCAUUUACAGCAUGUCAGCUCUACAGAAUUCAGCCAACCUGCGUCCAUCUCAUGUUUACGACUGACCUCAGGCCUCACCAUCACCAGGACAAAGCGGCGUGCCCUGUCUCUCGGGAGCUACCCAGACCUCAAGCGAUCGAGGAGGGACAGUGCCAUCGGCAGUGUUCCUGUGACCAUUGCGAUGUUCAUGUAUAGGCAUCAGACAAAAAUGAACGCGGAACUGAAGACUAUUUAUGUGAAUAGCCCAGGCAAAUGGCAGGUGUGUUCCUGUUGCUUUAAGCGAAGUCAGUUUUUCACUUGGCAUAACACCUGCUCCAGAUGCACUAGGGUUGUGUGUCCUUCCUGCUGUGUAAAGAUGCAAGUGCCCUACAAUUGGUGCAUGGACCUCCCAAUUGCAUUCUUCCGGAAGAUAGUGCUGAGCCGAAGUGCUGAGGGAGACCAUAGUCAUUUCUGGAGGGAGCGCCUAUCAUGGGACUGCACAAAAGUUCCUUUGGUUCUGGAGCCUCUGGUCCUUGGUUCUAGUUCCCAGCACAGUUUGGCUAUGAGAGGCUGGCACAGCCAGGACAUCUGCACAGAGUGCCAGUGCCUCCUGGAGGAAAUAUGUGACUCUGAGGCCUUUGUGAACCUUGUCUCAGGGACCCAAGAGAUUUGAUGGCGCUUGGCUUUGCUUCACUUUCUGAAUGUGGGCCCCUUUUCACUGAAAGGGAUUCUAGUCAUUAGGUGGCCAAACUUUAUUAUUUUGUGUGUAGUGUUUUUUUUUUUUUUUUUUUUGUAAUUAAAUCUAUACAUUAUUUUGUAUGUGUUUUUUUAUGUUCUGUGAAGCCUGUCGAAAGACCCUAGGAGUGCGGCUGCUUUUCGCAUUAGUUUUCUCUUUUAGUGUUCUGAUUUUGUUCCAAAACAUUAGUUCUUGUUCUUAGUUGGUUGAGUGUUUGUUUUUUUUGUAUAUAGUUUUUAAUUGACUUCAACUAAUAAAAACAUGGCUUUGUUUUA